CUGACACGACUGACGGGAGCGUAGAAGAAGACGUGACCGGAAAAAAAACAAUAGCACGCUGAUGUAACGAGACAGACUGAGAAUAUAACCACAGCAACUAUUGUGUGGACAUACGUCACCGGUGAGAAAGCUCAUCUGUUUGAUGACGUACAACCUGAUGUAAUGACGUUGGUCAGUCGCUCCGCUUGAAGCAAAUGUCUCUUGUCCCGCUCAUCACAUCAGUGUCCAGACGGGUCCUAUGGAGGAGGGGGUGUCCCGGUGUCUCCCUCCCUCUGAACCCGCUCCCUGGACUCCCAUGUGUGUCUGCGGCCGGUAAAAAGGACCUGGUGGACCUGCCUGUCCUGGACGAAGACGAGCUGGAGGAGCAGUUCGUGAGAGGAUCCGGACCCGGAGGACAGGCCACCAACAAGACCAGCAACUGUGUGGUGCUCAAACACGUCCCCACCGGGAUCGUAGUGAAGUGUCAUCAAACCAGAUCUGUGGAAAUAAAUCGAAAGCGUGCCCGUGGAAUCAUGAGAGAGAAACUUGAUGUUGCAUAUAAAGGAGAACUGAGUGAAGUGCUUGUUAAGAAGAAGGAGUUUGUGCUAAAGAAACAAGAGAAGAAGAAGAAAGCACAUGAGAAUCUGGAGAGGAAAAGACUGUUUAAAGAAGCGCUGGGUACAGAAUCCACACAAGAGUAAAAUAUUUAUUUGUAGAAUUUAAGAAGACACGAGUAUGUGAAUGUAUCAAUAUAUUUUAUGGCUGUAAAGAGUAAAUAGUAAAUCCAAUCAAAUAAGCCAUUUGUUUUUAGCAUCUUUCAUGCAAAGCCAAGGAUGGAGAAUAAAAAAAUAAAAAGUUGCUUAAAAAUAA